AAGUGCAGAGUGUAAAGUGUAGAGUCCUGGGUAGCAACUUUCCUGGGCAAGUUUGCCUCUUUUCGCAUCACGUGGUUUCAGCCAAGGUCCUUUGAAGACCCACGGCAGAGAGAUGUGGAAACGGAACACACUGAUGAGAUGUGGCCCAAGCUGUUAUGCCGGCUCCGGCGUGAAGACUAUUCUAAAAUUUAUGCCUGGCUGGCCCGACAGGAAGACAUGUUUCACGUGAUUCCAAGUGAUCAAACGCUUCUUGUUCUGGAGCAAUUCGAAAGAGCCAACGUGGCCAAGACAUUUUGUCAAGUGGCGCGGAUGGCGAAAGAGAGAUUGCACACUGACGAUUUCAGUGUGGAGUUGCAGGUGGAACUGUUGAAAUUUGAAGGAGCAGAUCAAAUAGCACGGGCCACAAGUGCUCGGACACACAUGUUGCGGAACAGUUGGGAUGCCUUCGCUUCCAAGAUCACAGCCGAUGCAGAACGGCAAAACAAGAAAGAAGGCCAAAUUGUAGAAUAUUGAUGAGUCUCAUAGAAUCUAGCAGAUGAGCCGCCACAUGUGCAUUUCCGUUCCCC